AUGGCCUACAAUGAUGAUGUAGACCUACAAUUCCAAUUCCAAGUGAUAUUUACAAUUCCAAGUAAAUAUCCCGCUUACAACCGUUUUAAAACCAUCGAGAACAACGAACUGGAGGCCCAACAACUUCUCUUCCGGUGCCAGCAUCGGAUUUUAGUAGCUUUUCUUUCGGUCUGCGAGAGACUUGGUGAUGCAUUCAUAUCAUGGUUACCAUUGUACGGCGAAGCGAAGUUCGCUUUCUUCAUCUAUUUAUGGCAUCCCCAGACAAAGGGCACACAAGACAUCUACAACUACUUCUUUCGGCCAUACUUGGCCAUCCAUGAGAAGGUCAUUGACCGUAACUUGCUGGAGCUGAAGGUGAUGGCGGGGGAUUACCCGGUUUCGAUGUGGCAAAAGAGAGAUGGAUAUGUGCUCGGCUUCGAAGCCACCGAUGCGCCUCUGGAUUUGGUGUCGGGAAAGUCGACGGCGGUUUCGCGGAUGCUGGUGUCGAAGAGGAGCGCCACCGGAGCAAAAGGAGGAGGACGAUGGAGGAAAUUUGAGAGUUUCGCGGAUGCCGGCGUUGAAAAGGAGCGUCACCGGAGCAAAAGGAGGAGGAUGGAGGAAGUUUGA